GAAAUUCCCAUUCAGCUUUGAAACCAAACCAAUACAUGUGCAAUCAAAAUCAUUGGUCAAAAUAAAAGGCAGACAUUAAAUAUGAAUUAUUUAAGAGUUAUUCGGAAUAAUUGGAAAAAAUGCACGUUCGGGGCGGCCGUUGGCGUGUAUGCUUUACAAUCGCUGAAAACACACAUUGAGAUUGAGCAGUACAUGAGAGAAUUUACUUCUAAUAUUCAGACAAAUUGGGUAGCGGACCGACCAAAAAAAGUACUUGUGGUUAUGAAUCCGGUGGCCAAUAAAAAGAAAUCGGAGAAAUUUUUCAAAAACUACUGUGAGCCGGUUUUGCAUUUAGCUGGAUAUUCUAUAGAGAUAUUAAAAACUAAUCACAUUGGACAUGCCAAAACCUACGUAGAAGAGAUGGCUGUGCUGCCCGACGCGAUUGUCGUCGCCGGUGGCGAUGGAACUUCAUCGGAGGUGGUGACUGGGCUGAUGAGAAGGCGCGGAAAUCUAUGCCCGAUCACCAUCCUACCCUUGGGACGUUCCGUUCAAUCGGCAUCGAAGCGCAUCAAUGUUUUUGGAGUCAAGGACGUGACUUACGUCAAGAGUCUUUGCAAAGCACUGGAACCCAUGCUAAAGGAUGAAAGCCAUUUUCAAAGUGUGAUCCGCUUCGAUGUGAUUAACGAAGGGGAUGGUAGCGACAGCCAAUUGAAACCGAUCUUUGGCCUAAAUGGUCUCUCUUGGGGUCUACUCGAGGACAUCGAUUCGGGCAAGGAUAAGUACUGGUAUUUUGGGCCGCUGCGUCACUACGCUUCCGCCGCCUCCAAAUCGUUUGCGAACAACUGGAGCGUAAAGACCGAUUACGUCUAUACUCCUCCAUGUCCGGGAUGCAUUGACUGUGCCUCUACUCAGAGGCAAGAAGCACCUCUACCGUCGGGCUUGUUUACAAGAAACCUUUUCAAGUACCAGAAAAAUACGGGCGAGACAAAAAGAGCGCUUGUUAAGAACGAAAACUGCAGCAACAAGUUCGAGGGAAGCGUUGAGGCCAGUCAAAUUAAUAUCAAUUGUGUUCAAAAUAAGGAUAACUUCGCGGAGCUGGAGAGCCAGUUCAUAAGUUCAUUGCAGCCGGGCUGGGAUUUUAUUAAGCAAAUUCCACGAGUUACAUGCAGCAACAUCUCGCCCAGCUUAGUGGUGAAGAGUCGAACAAUUCAACUGCAUCCAGCCGACGAAACGACCGAAAAGUUUUACUCCAUAGACGGUGAGGAGUACGAUGCAAGACCCAUUAAGGUAUCUGUUGUUCCCAAUGCUAUUAAAGUUUUUUGUUGAAAUUUUAAACGUGUAUAUUAAUUAAAUCUUGAUUAAAUAGCGCUAUCAAUAUAGCAUAACACAUUCACAGCAAAA